AUGCUGCUCCUGGCCGAGUUCUUUACCUGGAUCUUUGCCAUCGCCAUCCUCGUCUGCUGGGUCCUCCCCUCGGGUACAACCGCUCUCCCAAUCCCACGCACACCACCAAAGGCCAAGAGACGGUGUGCAUUCAAGGCCUACCGCCUCACUCUAUCUACCUUCCUCGUCAUCGAGGUCAAUGACAUCUACUCUGAACAUCCAUACAUCUAUGUGAAACGUGUGCCCGAAGCCAACACCAUUCUCGUAACGGAUACCGGCUGCGGAGGUGCCUCCAACGACCGUAAGGUCGACAUCACUAGCCUGCGCGAAUUUAUCGAGACUGUCGGAGUGGAGGAUAAUGGCGGCAGGCCGCUUAAUGAAGGAGGCAGUAUGCGCUAUGUUGUCGUGCUGACCCACUGCCACUAUGACCACAUCCGUGUCGAAGACUUCGCCAGAGAUUCUCCCAUCCUUCAGUCUUCAUACUCGCCGUCCUUCGUCUCCCACGCAAACCUACCCGAACACUCCCUAUGCGCAGACCUCGGUAUUCGCACCCCGUUGUUUAAACCUACACUCGUUCCCCACCUUGAUCCUAUACACUCCGCGACCGGCGCUCCGCUGGGUGUAAGACUCCUCCACACACCUGGUCAUACACCCGACGAGAUAGCGCUGUGGGACGAACAAGAGCAAAUGCUUUACGUCGGCGACACCUUGUACGAGUGGGAGCCGAUCAUCUUUCCUGGGGCAGGCAACAUCCGCACGUGGCUUGCGUCUGUUGACGCACUUAUCGCCUUCGUCAUGCAGUCAAAAUCACCACAGACAGCGCUCAUCAACUCCGGACACCGGACGGCGGUGAGGCCGGCUCUGGAGGUGCUGCAGACGGCGAAAAGCUUCAUGAUGGAUGUGCUCCUUGGAAAAGAAGGACCGAGGAAUAGGACACGGAGGAGGGGGGAAGUUUACGUGGAGUAUGCGCAAGACGGAGGCCGGUACAGUCUGCGGUGCCCCGAGCGUCUUGUGAAGGAGGCGAGAGAUCCAGUUUGA